AACUAAUCUUCAUACAUAUUUGAACAAUACGAAUAAAUUUAUUUAGUUUUGUAUUGUAAGAAUUUCGAGUUCAUAUUUUGUCAUUGAUUGUAAAAAAGUAAAAUAAUAAAAAUGCGAGCUUGGUAUAUGGACGAACUUUUGACUGACCAGCGAGAGCCUCACAUGACGAUUCCACCACAAUUCCUAGAUGAAAACCAGUUAUUCGAAAGAACAGGUGUGGAAUAUUUUUCGAUCAAUGCAAAUGCUUUUGCAGACGACGCAAAACUUCAAGCAUUGCGUAAAUCUCGAGGUUACUCCUAUGAGGAUGAAAUUACGUGUUCAAAAGAAUGCCUUGCAGAUUAUGAAGAAAAAUUAAAAAGCUUCUUUACUGAACAUCUACAUACUGACGAGGAAAUACGAUUGGUUUUGGAUGGAUCUGGUUACUUUGAUGUGCGAAGUGAUAAGGAAGACGACAAAUGGAUUCGCAUAGAAGUUGUCGCUGGAGAUUUGAUUGUUAUUCCAAGUGGCAUUUACCACAGAUUCACACUUGACAUGAAGAAUUAUAUUAAAGCCAAGCGGUAUUUUGUAGGAGAGCCCGUUUGGCUUCCUUAUAACAGACCCGCAGAUGAUAUGUCCUGUAGAAAAAUAUACUUGAAAAAACUCUCUGAUGGGUUCAAAAGUGGAUAACACAAACAACCAACAAUUAAACUCAUAUUUAUCACAGUUAUAAUUUCAUUUAUACUGUUGUUGUUUUGUCAAAUUAUUUGAAUGAUACUUUUGAUAGUUUAAAACAGAAAAUCAAAAAAUUCUCAUAAAAAC